ACUGCAGCAGAUGGAACUGCCGGAAACGGAAAUAAUAGGAGAUCGAUUUUGCUGCCGUCGCCUUCGCGUGCCCCCCCGCUGGCCGGACCGAUGCCCACAAAACGACGCGCUGAUCAAUUGAGGGAUUGUUCCGUUACAUUACCAUUGGAUAUUCUAUGGUUACCCAAAGCGGCUAUGAGGCCCCUCGGGCCAGAUCCUUCUCACUCGGAUUGCGUCCUCGUCGUAGGCGUAUCGAGGCCCAAGCUGGCGGCACUGUUCCUCUCGGUGAUGCUGAUUUCGCUGUUCCUUACCUUUCACAUCCUGUACGAUAGUGCGGUGUACAGUAUACAGGCGGCAACGGCGAUUUCGGAAAACAAAAUCGCCAUACUGACAAAUCACAUCCCCAAUCCACCGGUUUUCAAUCAACCUGUUAUAUUUCCGAACCGAAUACACUUUCCCAAAACUAGCCGUAGGUUACCGCAAUGUUUAAUAAUCGGAGUGAGAAAAUGUGGCACACGCGCCCUGCUAGAGAUGCUAUACUUACAUCCAAGGAUACAGAAGGCCAACGGCGAGGUGCAUUUUUUCGAUCGCGACGAAAACUACCUGAGGGGGCUCGAGUGGUACCGGAAGAAGAUGCCACACUCCUUCCGUGGCCAGAUAACGAUCGAGAAGAGCCCCAGCUAUUUCGUAACACCAGAGGUUCCGGAGCGAGUCCGGGCAAUGAAUGCAUCCAUCAAGCUGCUUCUAAUUGUAAGGGAACCCGUAACGAGAGCAAUAUCCGAUUACACGCAGCUACGAAGCCACGCGGCAACGGCAACACUACCGCAGCAGCAGACGCUAUCGUCAACUUCUCCCCUGUCGAAAUCGUUUGAGGACUUGGCCAUCCUACCGAAUGGCACCGUCAACGAGGCGUACCGACCGUUGGCCAUAUCGCAGUAUCACGUGCACGUGCACCGGUGGCUGGAGGUGUUCCCCCGCGAGCAAUUACUGGUCGUCAACGGAGACCAGCUCAUCGACGAUCCGGUUUCCCAGCUGCGCCGGAUCGAGGAUUUUUUAGGCAUUGAACCACGGAUCGGUAGCAAUAACUUCUACUUCAACGAAACGAAAGGAUUCUACUGCCUGCGGAACGAGACGGGCGACAAGUGUCUGCGGGAGACGAAGGGCCGGAAGCACCCCCGGGUCGAUCCGGUCGUGAUAUCGAAGUUGCGUAAGUUCUUCGUCGAACACAAUCAAAAAUUCUACGAGCUCGUCGGCGAAGACCUGGGCUGGCCGGAGGAGUAG